UACGAUUGAUGCCAAUGGGCACUGUUGGUUUUGUACCGUUGGUGGUGGUGGUAUACGUAAGCAGCUCGUAGAGCACAGCCGUAUAAAGUGGUGUACAGUCCUGCAGAUUGUGGAUACCCAUUUUGCAUUUCUCCCCCACAACUCGAGUGGAGUGGAGGCGGAUCCUGUAAGCUUUUGCAACCAACCAAAUCGAAAGCCAACCAAAGCACUCAAGAUGAUGUGUCCGAAACAUGUCCUCUUGUCUCUCCUUGUCCUGUUAUGGACGCCGUCCUCAUCUGCCCAGGUAUCUGUGGAUUUGAGCAACAGCACUGGUGCUGCCACUACCACCAAUACUUCUACUAGUACCGGUAGUACCAAUGAUCCCAUGGCCACAUCACCCAAGCCUCCAGCGGAAGUGGAAGUUACAGUCUUUAAUACACAAGGGAUUCCUUAUCCGGCCUUUCGGUACUUUUCCUGGAUUACCCUGGAUGCCAAUGAGCAGGAGGAUGCUGGGAUCUUGGGAUACACGGAGGGAGAUUGGAAUAUCCCUGGAAGCGCCCUGAUUGAACUCAAGGCAUGGUCCACUGUCCAAGCCGAAAGUGACCCAUCCACCGGAGUUGCUACUGCCACUACGAAACAAGAAAACCCCGAAAUGAAAACCAAGUUUGAAGCCAUGGUAGAUCUUGGAUUCAGCGACGAAUGGCAAUGGGAUUGUUAUGUCAAUCAUUACGUCGAUUACUUUUGGUAUGAAAUGGAAGAAGAAGGCUUUGCAAUCUACUGGGAAGGAUUGGGCUGGUCCCAGGGAUCUUGGAAUGGUUCUCUACCCGCUCCCGCCUCGGAAGAAUCAGAAUGGGUCGAUUUGACUCCGGCAGAGCAACAAGCGGCGGUCGAAUUGUGUUAUCUGCCCGAAACAUGGAGCUUGUUGGAUAUUCGAUUUUGGGAUAACAACUAUGCCGCAUUGUCCGGUGUGGCCGUCGAUGAUAGCAAUAACACCAUUGGAGCACAGUUUGACGAUGGCACGUCCCUCUCCGUCGUGCUCCCCGCGGACAAUGUCAAGAAUCUCGAACGUCCCGAGAAUCGUUUCUAUGCGUGGGAUUCGUUGCCACCGGAUGUGGUCAAUACCGUCGAAGAUUUGGGCUACACGGAAGAUACAUGGAGUGAAGUACAGGAAGCUGAUAUUGAAAAGGUCAAGUACGAUGAUUUGAAUGAGACGCAAAAGUACGGUGUGGAUGCCCUGGGAUUUGGACCCAAGGAAGUGUACGAUUGCUGGAUUCAUCACUACGAUAGUUAUUCGUGGGAAGAGCUCUAUGCGGCUGGAGUGCAAUCUUACUGGGAAACGCUUGGCUGGAAUGCCACAAGUUGGAUGGGAGUUCAUCCCCCAGCCAAGAAUCUUACCAACACACGGUUUGAAGAGCUCAACGAUGAUGAACAAGAGGCUGUCCAACAGUUGUGCUUCUUUGCCGAAUCCUGGAAUAGAAGAGCAGGGUUCCCAGACGACUUUUUGCUCAUCCCCGAAGACGGCGUAGAGAUUACACUGGCACCUGGCUUUGCACCCAAGACCGAUGCUCCCACGACAGCUCCUCCUCCUCCACCCGUUAUUCCCAACACGACAAGUCCUCCCGUGUCGCGAGAUGGAGACAGUCUAACAUCGGCUGCGACUGGUUAUUGGUGGACUAGUACUAUGUGGAACUGUGUGGCGGUGGUCGGAUCAAGUGGACUACUCUUGGCGUACUAGUUUGGACCCCCUCCCCUUUGUAGCUCCAUGGUUAUGAUGUACCUAUACCUCUCAGCCAGGUUGAGCUUCCUUCGUAGAAACCUAAAUGUAUAUAUACUUUUUGAACCUCAUUGGUUUUAAAACAGAGUAUGGGUGAAUGCUUCUUUACGGCUCCUCUAGCUAGCUCGAACUGUGGACAGGCCCCCUUCUGCAAUACUGUAGUCUGCCCAUGGCCAGGUACGUACGGUACGGUCACUAUUGCCCAGUGAUCAAGUGUUCUGGUAGCCUUUUCUCUGUUAGGGUUCAGGCUAAACUAGGUUGCGACCAAUGAUCUUUCGCAAGAUGCAGUGACCGCCA